CGGUUACUUGAUGGCGAGGAAGAAGGUGAAGCUGGAGUGGAUCGCCAACGACGCGGCGCGGAAGGCGACUUUCAAGAAACGGAAGAAGGGGCUGGUGAAGAAGGUGAGCGAGCUGAGCACGCUGUGCGACGUGAAGGCGUGCAUGAUCGUGUACGCGCCGGGGGAGGCGCAGGCGGCGGAGGUGUGGCCGUCGGCGCCGGACGCCAUGCGCGUGCUCUCUCGGCUGAAGCGGCUGCCGGAGACGGAGCAGAGCAAGAAGAUGAUGAACCAGGAGAAGCUGAUGCAGCAGCGCUUUCGCAAGCUGCAGGAGCAGUUCCAGCGGCACGAGAAGGAGAACCGCGACCUGGAGACGGCGCUAUUGAUGCAGCAGUGCCUCGAGGGGCGGCGUGGCCUGCACGACGUCGGCUUGGAGGAGGUCUCGGCGCUCGCCUGGAUGACGGAGGCGAAGAUAGGCAAAGUGAGGGAGCGGAUGGAGGAGGAGGCAAGGAACGCCAGCGCAACGGCAGCAGUGGCGGCGGCGGAGGAGCGCAAGGGAAAGGAGGUGGUGGUGGUCCCGACUCAUGAUUGGUUUGCGGAGGCGAUGGACAUCGGCGGCUACGAGGGCGUGCCGGCGGACCAUGUAAUAGUGGAUAGCAAAAUCAACUCGUGGCUGAACAGUAGUUACUACCCUUUGAACUGA